AAUGUCAAAAGCGAAAAUAGAAAAAAUGAAACAUCGUGAGUUUUUUGAAAACACCCCGAAAAUGAUUAAUCGUGUUGAUGGCGCUCGAGGCGACGCGUUGCAAAGUGGCCUCAUCGCUGGCAACUACAGCGCAGCAAAGUGUGAUAAAACUGCGUACAAAUUUUGGAUUUUCGCGCAAAAGGUAGCAGCUACAAAAACAAAUGCAAACAUAUACCAAGUGCCCAAGUGCAGUUGUACAACUGUCAUUAUGAUUGUAACUCAAUUUUCUCUGGCGUCCCUCGGCGCUCUUUCGAUGAGAGAGUCCCAUAAGUCUAAUUAAUGAUGUUCGGAAAUCAAAAUGUCAGUUAAAGUUUUCAACGCGCCGCAUUCAC